AUGCUUGGUGAAGAAGAGUGGUGUGUCGUAGGAACUUACCGUUGGAGACCUUUUUAUCAGGACUAUAACAACUCAGGUGAAGGAGGUUUGUUUGAAGAUGUAACACCCCCUGAUGAUGUUCCCAUUAUUCUCUACGAUGCAAAAGAAGAAAAGGGAGAUAUGUUGGCUCCCAGAUAUGUAGCUGCAAAGGUUUCAAUACCACAAACAUCUGAUCGCAAAGUAAAAGUGUUUCCUGGUUCGGCAGAUGUCUCAACUAAGACACCUGUUGUACCUCUAGAUCCAUCUCUUAACUGUCGUGAAACUGUAUCCACUUCUGGUGUUUCCUCACAUACGAAGAAGGGACCUCCUUUAGUGGUUGCCACUACUCUUCCUCAACCUUUACAUACUAUAUUUGUCUUACCCUUUGCUAUUUUAUUGGCUGAUAUUGCGAUUGCAGCUGCUGGUGUGACUACUGUGCCAACGAGCCCAGCCUUAAUCGCAACUAGUUGCUUAUUGGUAAUUGCUCCUGAUGUCGUGGUAAUAGGACUUAUUUUGAGGAGAGGACGGGUUUCUACUGCUGUAGCAAUCCAUUUAGCAUUAUGGCCUUCUGUUGCCUUUCUCUUUAUUUUUCCAUUUGUUUCUAUGAUUUUCGUUGUGCAUAUGUUUUUCAGUUUUGUUUUAUUAGUUUUUCUCUUCCGCCUCCGACUGAGUACACAUACCACCUUUGUUAGAUUUAACUAG